CGCGACCUUCCUCCAGUCUCCCUCUAGGGUUUCCUCAUUGCCCCUCACAAUCGCCAUAUUUACAUCCGUGAAAUUGUGCCACCCUGCAAUGCUCCCCGUCCCUCAGUCCUCACAGGCUUUAUCCUUUUUCUCCCGGAGCACCAAUUUUGCCGAAUAAUACUGCAAAAUCUUGUUUUAGUUCAGCUACAAUCGCUCCCCAUUUUUAGUCUGUGGAUCUUUCUUCAAAACUGGAUUGAGCCGAAUUCGGGACUAGAUUUUGUGUUGAUACCUGUUUUGAUCUCUUGAAACUUCAAGGAUUGCUUUUUUGCUCACCGGGAAAUUGAUGGAUGUGUUGCCUUCAAAUGAAUAGAUUUAGUGCCUGUCUAUAAUUGUAUAUGGUGAUUAUGGGUGAUCAGCCAUUGUUACCAAUAGCAGUUACAGAGGAGGGGAGUCUAACAGUAUCUGGUUUUGAUGAAGACCAUAUCUUGGAAAUGGUGGUACCUACCGAUUCAAAUGGUUCAAUGAUGGAGCAGCCAUUAAGUAUCGGACAAGAAUUUCCAGAUGUGAAUACGUGUAGAAGGGCUUUGAAGGACAUAGCGAUAGCGUCACAUUUUGAAAUGAGAAUAGUGAAGUCAGAUAGGAGUAGGUUUAUAGCCAAGUGCUCAAAAGAGGGGUGUCCGUGGCGCGUCCAUGUGGCAAAGUGUCCAGGAGUUGAAACAUUCACUGUCCGGACCCUUCAUAGUGAGCACACGUGCGAAGGGGUCCAUGAUCUUCACCAUCAACAGGCUUCGGUUGGUUGGGUUGCAAGGUCAGUUGAAGCGCGUGUGAGGGACAACCCACAGUACAAACCGAACGAGAUUUUGCAAGACAUUAGAAACCAACAUGGUGUUGCUGUGUCGUACAUGCAAGCAUGGAGAGGGAAGGAGCGUAGCAUGGCUGCUUUACACGGCACCUUUGAAGAAGGUUAUAGGCUUCUCCCACCAUAUUGCGAACAAGUAAGGAAGACAAAUCCUGGGAGCAUCGCCUCAGUUUUUGUUACAGGUCACGAUAAUAGCUUCCAGCGGCUUUUCAUCUCAUAUAGAGCGGCAAUCUAUGGGUUUAUCAAUGCUUGUCGUCCCCUUUUGGAACUUGACAGAGCACAUCUGAAAGGGAAGUAUUUAGGUACAUUGCUGUGUGCCGCAGCCGUUGAUGCUGAUGAUGCAUUGUUCCCAUUGGCAAUUGCUGUUGUUGAUGUAGAAAGUGAUGAGAAUUGGAUGUGGUUUAUGUCUGAGCUUCGGAAGCUUCUUGGUGUAAACACAGAGAGCAUGCCCAGGCUUACGAUACUAUCUGAGAGAACGGUUGGUUUGGUAGAGGCAGUGGGCACUCAUUUCCCAAGCGCAUUUCAUGGUUUCUGCCUCCGUUACAUCAGCGAGAAUUUCAGGGACACGUUCAAGAACUCAAAGUUGGUCAAUAUAUUCUGGAACGCUGUUUAUGCACUCACAGCUGCUGAAUUCGAGAGCAAGGUGACGGAGAUGGUCGAGAUUUCACAAGACGUCCUCGCUUGGUUUCAUCAUUUCAACCCCCAACUUUGGGCUGUGGCAUUCUUUGAGGGGGUACGAUACGGUCAUUUCUCAUUAGGAGUGACGGAGGUGUUGUAUAACUGGGCACUGGUGUGUCACGAGCUCCCUAUAGUGCAGAUUAUGGAAUACAUCAGGCAGCAAAUGGUGUCAUGGUUUGGCGAACGGCGUAACAAGGGGAUGAGAUGGAAUUCAAUUCUUGUGCCAUCCGCAGAGAAGCGCAUUCUAGAAGCCAUAGCCGAUGCCCGUUGCUAUAAAGUCCUUCGUGCGAAUGAGAUUGAAUUUGAGAUUGUUUCCACGGAGAGGACGAACAUUGUGGACAUACGUAGCAGAGUGUGUUCAUGUCGCCGUUGGCAACUGUAUGGCAUCCCAUGUGCACAUGCCACUGCUGCACUCAUCUCUUGUGGACAGAACCCUCAUGUCUUUGCAGAGCCGUGCUUCACUGUUCACAGCUAUCGCGAGACCUAUUCUCAGAUGAUAUUUCCUAUCCCUGACAGAAGCAUGUGGAGUGAAGAUGGCGAGGGCGGGAGUGCCAAAGUUGAGGUAACUAUUGGGCCACCCAAAACGCGGAGGCCACCCGGCAGGCCUAAAAAGAAGGUCCUCCGUUUGGAAACCCUGAAACGCCCCAAGCGAGUAGUUCAGUGCGGCCGCUGCCAUAUGUUAGGCCAUUCUCAGAAGAAAUGCACUUUGCCAGGUUGAUCCUUUGCUUAGCUGGCAGUCUAUUUUUGUUUUUUAUUAUGUCUGCUCUGAAACACUUACCAUAGAAAAGUAAAGUUAAUUGUGUGUUGCUUAGCUCUGUACCCAUCUUAUUGUAGUCUCAAUUUGAGCCAAUAUGUGGCUUGUAAGCAUAUGAGUAUUAACAAAUAUAUUUGUAUUAU